CAGAAAUAGAAAGGUUUGGAGGAAAGAAGCACGAGUAAGAAGCAGCACCGAGGACACAUCAGCAAUAUCUGCUCAGGUCCAGAAACUCAGCAGCAGUCAGCCCCGGGUCUGUGUGAUUAGCCGUCAUAUAGUCUUGGAGAAGAAGAAGAAGAAGCAGACGGAGAAGGGGAUUGAGACUUUUAUUUUAGGCUUAGCACAGCAACAGCAACUUCUCAAGCACCAAGGAGAACACUGUGAACUGUUAAUUUGCUAUCUUGGCCCAACACCAAGCCGGUUUUUUUUGUAAACACCAAGUUUGAACAGACUCCAAGCCAAUAUUUAAAUCAAAGUAAUUGCCCGGAGCUUGUGGUGUGAAAAAAAGUCUACUGUCUUUCAACUUAGCCUGCCAAUUUUAAACCGCUAACACAGAUUUUUGAGGGGAUGGCAUUGGACUUUGCUGCGGGUUGCAUUGGAGGUGCUGCUGGUGUUUUGGUUGGACACCCUUUUGACACUGUAAAGGUAAGGCUUCAAGUUCAGAAUGUGGACAAACCUCUGUACCGUGGGACAUACCACUGCUUCCAGUCCAUCAUACGCCAGGAGUCGAUGCUUGGUCUGUACAAAGGCAUUGGCUCUCCAAUGCUGGGGCUGACCUUUAUCAAUGCCAUAGUAUUUGGCGUCCAGGGCAACGCCAUGCGAAAGCUGGGCAGGGACACGCCACUUAACCAGUUCCUGGCUGGAGCUUCUGCUGGAGCCAUCCAGUGUGUCAUCUGCUGCCCCAUGGAGCUGGCCAAGACACGUAUGCAGAUGCAGGGGACUGGCGAAAAGAAGUCCAAGAGGAAGAUGUAUAAGAACUCAGUGGACUGUUUGGUGAGAAUCUACAGAAAAGAGGGAAUCAGAGGCAUCAAUCGUGGCAUGGUGACCACACUGAUCCGCGAGACACCGGGUUUCGGUGUGUACUUCAUGACAUAUGACAUCCUAACACGUUCACUGGGCUGUGAGCCAGAGGACCCAUACAUGAUCCCCAAGCUGUUGUUUGCUGGUGGGAUGUCCGGUAUUGCUUCCUGGAUCUCCACUUAUCCUGUGGAUGUGAUCAAGUCCCGCCUUCAGGCAGAUGGGGUCGGCGGGGUCAGUAAGUAUAGUGGCAUCAUGGACUGUAUCAGGCAGAGCGUACAAAAGGAAGGCUUGAGGGUGUUCACACGUGGGCUUAUGUCCACUUUGCUCCGUGCAUUCCCAGUGAAUGCAACCACAUUUGCUACUGUGACUCUGUUUUUAAUGUACAUGCGUGAAGGGGAAGAGUGUUGCAUUCAGGAGUGUGAGCCACAGGCUGUCCCUCUACAGCCCUUGCAGCCACAGGCACAGCCAAGCAGCAUGUAACCUGGUUCAGGAUGUUGUGUAGGGCAUCUGUGUGGCAAUAAGACAGGAUCAGCUAGCCUUUCUGCCUUGGAUAUUUUUAAUGAAUGUGUGGAAGUUUAGAGGGAAGUUACAGCUUGAUGUUUAUUGGUUAUAUUGGAAAGGUGAACUAUGUAAGUCUAAGGCAAAUCCUUCUGUCAAGUGACCACUUGUUCUAGCUUCAAUCCAUUAGGAAGCUUUUAUUUAAAUAGACUAUAUAUUUUUAGAUUGAGGCUGCACUUGUAUGAUCUCUUUUUAAAACCCUUGGUUUUGUACAGAUCCGUGUUUUUUUUUUUUUUUAGUUUUUUGUUUUUAGUUUUAAGUUUUGGAAAAUUGAUGGUUACUGUGGCAGUUACUGUAACGGUUAAAUUGACUGUUAAAAUUACACUGCCUGGCUUAACCCUCAGACCUUUAUGUCAAAGAAUGCUCUUUAAUGUGGUGUUCAUGUAAUUGAGAAGUACUAGCCAUUCAGGCUUCAUGCUAAAAAAGGGUGCCUGAAAUUGUAAAGUAUGCAAACAUAGCUGUUUUAAUUAUCCAAAGAAAGAGUACAAACCUUCCGUGUGAUUGUGAAAGCUGAAGCAAGUAAAAAAAAACUAAGCUUGACAUGAAUUUGAAACAGGUAACUGCUCCAUUAUAUUUUCUAAAAGGUGCACAGUCCAGGUCAAUAUUUACCCCAUAUAUUACAAACUCGGCAUGUCAAAGUCCUUAUCAUAAUGGUUAAAAACUCAAAGGCAGCCGUAUACAUGUACAUACAUGUAUGUAGAUAUUGUUGUAUUUAUAUGUAUUUAUGCUUUUUUUCUGAGGUUACACUGUAUGUAGUGAAAUGAAACUUUCCUAUGAAAAGUCAUGUUACUGCAGAGUCCCAGGGAUUCGUCCAACUAGUGACCCAAAAAAUAUUAUAUUCUAGCAUUGAUCAUGUUGAGUUUUGAGUUAAAUUUGUUGUUUGUUUUCUUGUUUUUCUCUCUGCCAUCAUCAGCUCUGGGGGUAUUCCAGAAAGCAGGGUUACUGACUUAACCGAAUUUGGUAAGUCAGACUUAAGGGAAACCUGGCAUUUUCAGUUCCAGUAAAGGCGAUUUGGUGAACUCUAGGCCAGUUACCAUGGUAACAUACGCUUUGAAGCUUACAUGCUCAGUAGCAGGUUUACUUGAACUAACCUCAAGUUUUUGGUGAGAGAACCUGUUGAAAAUGCAGCAUUUUACCUGGGAGAUGGUCAGGACAUUGCAUGCCUUUUUUUUUUUUUUAACCAGUUUAUGAGUUGCAAAUUGUUAAGAGUCUGCCUUUCCUGCUUUCCUGAGAAAGUGACAACUAUGCUUUCUAUCAUUUGCGAUUCCUGCAAGAAAAUAAUUUUAGAUUUGCUUCGUUGCUUCACCUGCACCACAGUUACACUGAUUGAAACAGAAUCAAAGUAUCUAGCCCAUUUGAACUAUUAUCUCAUAUUUCAAGGUGCUGCCAUGUUAGUUUUUUUUGCCUGUAGGAUUUCAACCAAGAAGGAUGUGUAAUAUAUCACAGUUGAAACAAAUCUUGUGUUAAAUUGUUGAAACUCAUGAACUGACCUGAUGAGCAUUUUUCACCAACUCACACACUUUUGCAGCUACUGCCAUGCUAAUUUUUCCUCAGAUUUGAUUGAAUACAAUGCAAUCAGCUGUUUUGUAGCCAGGUCUGAUUUGACUAUAACCACCUCUGAAAUCUGGGUUUUUGUAUUUUGUUAAACAUGGUUUCUGGAAUACCCUUCUGGUCUCUGGAAUUCCUUGGGAAAAUGAAUACCAGGGUUGGGCGUGGCUGUUGUAGUCUCCACACUGAGUGUAGCUGGACCUGGAUAUAGUCCAAGCAAACAGAUGCUUAAUCUAGAUACAAACUAGGUUUCUAGGUCAAAAGUGGGAAAAAAAUGAAUUGGUCACUUGAUGCUGUUUUUCUUCGACUCAAUCAUUGUCUAAAACCAAAUGUGACACUAAUACUGUGUCCAAAGAAAGCACCUUCCUGUAAUCAAGAAUAUUAAUAUCCAGUUAGCACUUGAACGAAAAAAUGCUUGGGAUUUUCAUUUUUCUCUUUAGUCACUUUAAUUUAAUUUUUAUGUUACAAUCUGUAGAUUUCUUUUCAUGUGGAGGAAAAUGGUUAACUUUGUCUACAUUGUGAAUGUGACUUUGCUUUCCUUAUGUGUUUCACUGUACUUUAUCCUCUUCUUUUAGUAUCCACUCUCCUUUGGCUGCUCAGUUAACUGAACACAAUCCUGUACUGCUAGUCAUUGUUAAAUGUAUUUUAGACUUCAAGCAGCUGCUUUCUAAAUCCACCUAACUUGAGCCUGAGUGUGCUGGUUGGAUGAUUACAUGAUAGCUGAUGUCUUUGUAAAAGCUGCUGAUAAUGUUGCUUGUGUUUUCUGCAUUUGUUUAUAUACAGCAUCUUGCAUUAAAGUGGCAUGUACAGUAUGUAGUUCUUUCAAAGGCUGGUAAAAUAAAAGCCAGAUCUUGUUUUUGUCAUAA